UGGGAGCACCUCUCUGCCUGGGCUUUCUUGCCACAUCUGCAGCUCCCCUCACAGAAUCGGCCCUUUCACCGCCCGGCGAGGCGCAGAGAUGAGCCACGCCAGGCCUCGCUAUGUCAUCGAACGUCCUGCAUAUUCGGUCAGCCUCUUUGAUGAAGAGUUUGAGAAGAAAAGUAGAAGUUACCCCGUUGGGGAAAAAUUGAAAAACCUUUUCAGAUGUUCAACUUCCAGAUUCAAACUCAUCCUCUUUAGCCUGUUCCCAAUACUUGUGUGGCUUCCCAAGUAUAAAAUUAAGGACUACAUUUUGCCUGAUGUUCUCGGUGGGCUCAGCGCGGGGACAAUUCAGGUGCCACAAGGGAUGGCCUUCGCACUGCUGGCCAAUCUGCCCCCCGUUAAUGGGCUCUACUCCUCCUUCUUUCCCUUGAUAACAUACCUCUUCCUUGGUGGUAUCCAUCAGAUGGUCCCAGGUACUUUUGCAGUCAUCAGCAUUAUUGUUGGCAAUGUCUGCAAUGAGCUGGCUCCAGAGUCGGACUUCCAUUACUUCAACCAUGCUACCAAUGAGACCCGAGUGAAUACCACAGCCCUGGAAGCGGCCAGGCUGGAGAUCUCUGCCACCUUAGCCUGCCUGACAGCCGUUAUACAACUGUGCCUGGGAUUCGUGCAGUUUGGCUUUGUUGCUAUCUACCUCUCAGAGUCUUUCAUCAGGGGCUUCAUGACAGCAGCAGGGUUGCAGAUCCUCAUCUCCGUGCUCAAGUACGUCUUCGGCUUGACAGUCCCAUCUUACACCGGGCCCUUAGCUAUCGUCUAUACAUUCAUUGAUAUUUGUAAAGGUCUGCCCAAAACCAAUGUGGCCUCCCUGGCCUACGCCUUGGUCAGUGCUGUGCUCCUGAUCAUUGUCAAGGAGCUCAACCUAAAGUACAUGAAGAAGAUCCGGAUGCCCAUCCCCAUGGAGAUCAUCAUCGUAAUAGUUGCGACUGCAAUCUCAGGCAGUUUUAACAUGCCCGAGAAGUAUGGCAUGCCAGUAGUUGGGAAGAUCAGCAUGGGGUUCCCAGCGCCAACCCUGCCCCUGGUGAACAAGUGGAAAGACAUGAUCGGCACAGCUUUCUCGCUUGCCAUCGUGAGCUACGUGAUCAACUUAGCCAUGGGGAGAACGCUGGCAGCCAAGCAUGGCUACGACGUGGACCCCAACCAGGAAAUGCUGGCCCUGGGCUGCAGCAACUUCUUUGGAUCCUUCUUCAAAAUCCACGUGAUCUGUUGUGCUCUCUCCGUGACUCUCGCUGUCGAUGGGGCAGGAGGGAAAUCACAAGUGGCAAGUUUCUUUGUGGCCUUGGUGGUUAUGGUGACCAUGCUGGCUCUGGGGAUCUACCUUGAACCUCUUCCAAAGUCUGUCCUGGGAGCCCUCAUCGCGGUCAACCUGAAAAACUCCCUCAAGCAGCUGGCUGAUCCCUUCUACCUGUGGAAGAAGAGCAAGCUGGACUGCUUGGUCUGGCUGGUGAGCUUCCUGUCCGCUUUCUUCCUGAGCCUUCCCUACGGAGUUGCUGUGGGCGUGGGAUUUUCCGUGCUGGUUGUGGUUUUCCAUACCCAGUUCCGUAACGGCUCUGCCCUGGGCCAAGUAACUUCCACUGACAUCUACAAGAACCCUAAAGCCUAUAACAAGGUACAUGAACUUAAUGGGAUUAAAAUUGUGACCUACUGCUCCCCGCUAUAUUUUGCCAACUCAGAGAUAUUCCGUGAGAAAAUUAUAGCUAAGACCGGGGUUGAUCCUGGUAAGGUGUACUUAGCCAGGAAGAAACAUGUGAAACGGCAGGAGAAGGGGACAGCACAAGCACCAACAAAGCUACCGAAAUUCUUACUGCGCCAGAACAAGACCUUGUCUUUGCAAGAGCUCCAGAAAGACUUUGAAAGCACCUCUCCAACAGAUACCAAUAACAACCAGACGACUGCUAAUGGUGCCAGCAUCUCCUAUAUCACAUUCCGUCCACCUGCCAACGGUGCUGGGCAAGUGCACACCUCCAGUGAGCUGGGCAGCACCACUACUCUGCAAGGAAGCACUUUCAGUGUCAUGCCUACAGCAGAAGUUGACCCUAUGAUGACAGCACCACCCUACAUCAGCUUUCACACCAUCAUCCUGGACAUGAGUGGGGUGUGUUUUGUUGACCUCAUGGGCACAAAAGCACUGGGCAAGUUAUGUUCCAGUUAUCAGAAGAUUGGGAUUAAAGUGUUCUUGGCAAACGUGCAUGCCCAGGUGUACAAUGACAUUAGCACAGGCGGAGUCUUUGAGGAAGGAGGUCUGGACCAAAGUCACAUCUUCUUGACGAUCCAUGAUGCUGUUUUGUUUGCACUAGCAAAUAUCAAAGAAGUUGUCCACACGCCCAUCUUAGAAGAGAGGCCAAAUCAGACAGAGCUAUCCAUCUAUGACGAGUCUGUGGACGAAAGCAGCACAGAGUUCAAGAACUUGGAGGAGGAGAUGUUUGGAAGCAUGUUCCACUCAGAGACCCAGACAGCUCUGUGAGCGCACAGGGAGCAUCAGCAUGCGGGCAAACCCUCCCGAACAGACUCCUGUCUCCCAUCCCUUCGUGAAGAGCUACACUUCUACCUGGGGAUACAAUAAGUUUGCAAAGCAAGAGGCCAUCACACCUCUUGAACUGAUAAAUUCCUCCCUCCUUCCUGCUCUGCUUCUGGUAUUCAGAGCAAUUGGACUCUGGAGCAGGCAACAGAACUCUACGGAAGCAGGAACUCAGGAAAUGCCAUCUCAUUAAUUACAGAAGAGAAGCGAGUUCAUUUGAAGUCAGGUGCCUUAACAAAUGGGACAAUUAGUCAUUAUUGCUAAGUGCUCUCCUUUGUCUCACACAAUUGCACCCUUCUGCCCACACAGGCAUUACGUAAUUUGGGCAUCCCCCUUCUUUCUUUUCCCUUCUCCCUCUUUUCCUGAUGAAGUGAAAUGAAAGCAAAUAUUAAGGCCCUUUCACGGCUUUGAUUCACGAGCUAAAGCAACUCUUGCGAGGUGCCGCGACACAACACCUUGUUCUAAAAGGUGCACUGACCUUCGCAGUGUCUGCACGGUAAGGGCAAACCCCUGGAUUUCCCUGCAUGUCUGUGUAGCAUCACCUCUGCUUUUCCUGAGGCCCCUCUUCUACAACCCCUGCACUGCUCUCUCUGUGUCCCAGAAACCACUGCCUCAAACCAAUCCUGUAUUUCUGAUACUCCAAAGACCUUGGUACUCUAUCUCAGUAGGGCUACUUGCAGGAUUGCAUUUUUUUUCCUUAGUAAUAGGACUAGCUUGUAAUCAGAAAUAAGAAUUCCUUGUUACUGCGUGUUACAUACACAUAUUGUCCUGCCUGCCCAGUGAGUUGAGUAAAUGUUCUAAAGACCCAGGGUCAGGUUCAAAGCCCUCUGAAGUUUUUCAGAGAUCUUUCUACCAACGGAACAGUGCUUCAGAUAAGGUCCUUAGGCUGUGAAUGGCAUGAAACCAUUAAUCCCAAUGGUGUUCUGACUCUUCCCAUCUUUUUGUUGACUGGAGCAACUAAAAGAUUUAGUCCAGAACAUGGAUGAGUGCUUUGUGGAAAGAUGUUUUUCCUGAAUCAUUCUGAUCACGAGUAGCAAAUUCAGGGACAAGGAAGGAAGCUCCUUCUGCAUGCUUUUCAUGAUGCCAUCGAUCCAGAGCAGUAACACUGAAAUUUGAGUGUAUUUUACGCCUGCAACUAGGGAAUAGCCCAAGUGACACCCUGUGCUAUGCAGGGCUUCUGGUAACAAGCUCUCAAAUGGUCACCUCUGCAGCAAGAGAAAACUCCUGUAUAGUAUGUGAUAUAUCCAUAACAAUUCUCUACUUCAUGUUUGAUAUUUUCAUUAAAAUUCACCACAGACUGAUGCUACCAGGACCAUCUACCUCUCAGGCAAACAAGCCUGCCUCAAUAACCCAGAGAAAGACAGCUGAGAUAGUAAUCAUUUCUAAAAAUCUGACAUUCUUUCAUAUUUGAGUGAUGUUAAUAACAACUGCUAUUUUAGUUUCCUUUUCUGAUGCCUUCCCUUCUUACCCAGUGCUGAUGUGGUGACAGUAAUGACAAGAUGACAAUAUAAAGCCUGAAAAAUCUAAGCACAAGCCAAGGGUUAAAGGAACCUUUCUUUCUUCAGUGCAUUUCAACCUCAAAUAUGGCUUUUAUGAAAAUAAGGUUAUAAAAAAUUUAAGAUAAAGACACAUACUGGUAUGUCUUCAAUUGCAAUGAAACCAAUUUCUUUUGUUUGAAUUUCAAAUCUUCCUCCAAAGUAUUUCCAGUGCUGGGAUAAGAUGCAAGAGUCAACAUGAAAAACUGAACAGUAAUGGAAGUAAAACUGGACAGUCUGUUAUCUUUCCAUGGGUGCAAAAAAUAAAAAGUGUCCUUAAUAAUGAA